AGUUGUCCAUAGAAAUCGAUAUCGUUCUGGACUAUUGAACACUUCAAUGAUAUCCAAGGACGAUAAACAAGUUGAGCCAAAAAGCAUCGUGCCACAGGAUCACGAAGAGGACGAUGUGGAAGAGGAUGACGUCGUAGACGAAACUCCAGCCGCCGGAGAAGAGACCAAGAAAAAGAAGAAGAAGAAGAAAUCUAAAAAGAAAAAGGUGCAACAGUCAGAUCCCCCACGAGUCGGUCUGUCGAAGAUAUUCACGAAUGGUAUCUACCCAGAGGGGGAGAUACAGCCCUACAAAGACGACAAUACGUGGAGGACGACGUCCGAAGAGAAGCGCUAUGACGAAAGAAUGGCAAUGGAAGACCCAGAGAUCACGUACCAGACCAUUCGUCGUGCUGCAGAAGUUCAUCGGCAGGUUCGACAAAGUGCACGGAAACACAUACGUCCCGGGAUGACCAUGACCGAAAUCGCAAACUUUAUCGAAGAUGGCAGCCGUGCCCUGGUCGAGGAAACCGGACUGGAGUCGGGCAUUGGUUUUCCGACUGGACUCAGCUUGAAUCAUUGUGCUGCUCAUUACACACCCAACGCUGGGGAUACUAAUGUUCUUCAAAGUGGUGAUGUUUUAAAGAUCGAUAUAGGAGUGCAUGUAAAAGGACGAAUUGUCGAUUCUGCUUUCACGCUCAAUUUUGAGCCUACUUAUGACAGGCUCAUUGAAGCAGUAAAGGCUGCUACUGAUACCGGUAUUAGGGAAUCCGGUAUCGACGUGCGCUUGGGCGAAAUUGGAGGUGCUAUCCAAGAGACUAUGGAGUCAUACGAGGUUGAGGUCAACGGAAAAAUAUAUCCAGUCAAGUCGAUAGAAAACCUUAGCGGGCAUUCUAUAGGACUUUACCAGAUACACGGCGGAAAAUCGGUCCAACUCGUGAAUAACGAUGAUCAGACGAAAAUGGAGGAGGGCGAAUAUUUUGCUAUUGAAACCUUCGGCUCGACAGGUCGUGGACGUGUAGUUGAAAGCGGCGAGUGCUCGCAUUACGCAAAAAUCAUCGACGCUCCCCGCGUCCCCCUAAGACUGACUUCCGCCAAGUCGCUACUCAAGUCAAUCAGCAGUAACUUCGGAACUCUUCCAUUUUGCCGACGGUACUUGGAUCGCGUGGGUGAAAGCAAAUAUCUACUGGCGCUUAACCAUCUAGUGCAACAAGGAAUAGUUCAAGACUACCCACCGCUUUGCGAUGCCAAGGGUUCCAUGACCGCGCAAUUUGAGCAUACAAUCCUUCUUCGGCCCACCGUUAAGGAGGUUAUCAGUCGAGGCGAUGACUAUUGAAUAUGUAAGAUACUACUCAUGCACACCAAUUUUAUUUUCGCGGUCGUCAUCUAUUAAGGUUUCCCUAGCCGGUUUUCAGUCCACAGGUAAAAACUCUAGAUUGUUUGGUAUGACACUCUUUGAACCGCU